CCAUUCCCGAUCGAAUCCCGGAUCGCAGUUCCGGCCGCGGAGGCGGAGGGGACGCGAUGAGCGUGGUGGGGUUCGACGUCGGCAACGACACCCUGGUGGCCGCGGCGGCGCGGCAGCGCGGCAUCGACGUGCUCCUCAACGCGGAGUCCAAGCGGGAGUCCCCCGCCGCGGUCGCCUUCUCGCACAACGCGCGCCUGCUGGGGCCCCACGCCGCCGGGGCCCCGUCCUCGUCCCACGCCCCCUUCUCCAGCGUCAAGCGCCUCCUCCUCCUCCACGCCGGCCGCCCCGCGCCGCUCCUCCGCUGCGACCUCGCGCGCCUCCCCUUCCCCAUCGAGGUCCCCUCCGCCGAUGGCGGAGGGGGCGCGCUCGUCCACGUCGACCACAUCGGCCGCCGCAUCGCGCUCUCCCCGACCCAGCUCCUCGCCAUGCUGCUCGGAUACCUCAGGCAGCUCGCGGAGGCCGACCUCGAGGCGCCCGUCGCCGAGUGCGUGAUCUCCGUCCCCUGCUACUUCACGCAGGCGCAGCGCCAGGCCUACCUCGACGCCGCCGCCGUCGCGGGGCUCCGCCCUCUCAGGCUCAUGCACGACCUCGCGGCCACCGCCCUCGGGUAUGGCCUCUACCGCUCCGACCUUGGCGGCCCCGGGGGUCCCACCUACGUCGCGUUUGUCGACGUCGGUCACAGCGACACACAGGUGGCGGUCGUCGCAUUCGACGUGCCGGGGAUGAAGGUGCUGUCGCACGGAUUCGAUGCGGACCUAGGAGGAAGGGACUUCGAUGAGGUGCUAUUUGAGCAUUUCGCAGAUGAAUUUAAGGACAAGUAUAAGAUUGAUGUCACUGGGAAUGUGAAGGCAAGCAUGAGAUUGAGGGCAGCAUGCGAGAAGGCGAAGAAAGUGCUUAGUGCGAAUGCAGAAGCAGUGGUCAACAUUGAGUGCCUGAUGGAGGAGAAGGAUGUGAGGGGGAUGAUCCGGAGGGAGGAGUUUGAGAAACUGUGUGCUGGGCUGCUGGAGAGGGUUGUCGAGCCAUGCAAGAAGGCUAUGGUGGAUUCAAGGAUUGAAUUUGACAGGCUGCAUUCUGUGGAGCUCGUUGGGUCAGGGUCACGUGUACCGGCUAUUGCUAGAGUUCUUGCGGGGUUCUUCAGAAGGGAGCCUAGUCGCACACUCAAUGCCAGUGAAUGUGUGGCUCGGGGGUGUGCACUGCAGUGUGCAAUGCUUAGUCCCACAUUCCGUGUUCGAGAAUAUGAGGUCCAAGAUGCAAAUCCUGCUUCCAUAGGAUUUUGCACUAUUGAAGGCCCAAUUUCUACAUUAUCAAGUAAACCACUGUUCCAGAGAGGUCACCCCCUUCCUAGUGUGAAGGUCGCUACGCUGCAUAAGAACAGCACAUUUAAACUGGACGCAUUUUACGUGGAUGAGAAUGAAUUGCCUCCUGGUACCUCAACAGAAGUUGGUAGUUUCCAGAUUGGUCCUUUCCAAGCACAUACUGAAAAGUCUAAAGUCAAAUUAAGAAUUCGGUUAAAUCUCCAUGGACUCAUUUCAGUGGAAUCAGCUGCUUUGGUUGAUGAUGAUCAAAGCAAUGCAAACUCUGCUGACUCUAUGGAGGUUGAUUCCAAUGGUGAAAUGGGGCAACAGGGUGAUACAUCAAGAAGCGGAAAGUUAAUCCAACGACAGGAUCUGCCAAUUAUUGAAUCCAUUUAUGGUGCAAUGAGUAAGCAGGAAUUGCUGGAAGCUCAAGAGCAAGAAACACAAUUAGCUUAUCAAGAUAAACUCAUGGAGCGGACAAAAGAUAGGAAGAACGCAUUGGAAUCUUAUGUGUAUGACACUCGCAAUAAGCUUUCUGAGAGGUACCGGAGCUUUGCAACUGAUUCCGAAAGAGAAGAAAUCUCAUUCAAUCUACAACAAACUGAAGAUUGGCUUUAUGAAGAAGGUGAUGAUGAGACUGAAGCAGUUUACACUAGUAAACUGGAGGAGCUGAAAAGGCUUGUAGAUCCAAUCGAAAAUCGUUGUAGAGAUGAGGAGGUCAGAGCUCAAGCCAUGAGGGAGCUUAUGAAGUGCAUUGCUGACCACAGGAUGGCUGCCAAAUCAUUAUCCAAUCCUGAGCAAGAUGCUGUUGAAAGUGAAUGCACUAAAGCUGAACAAUGGUUAAGGGAGAUGUCACAACUCCAGGAGACCCUGCCCAAGAAUGUCGAUCCUGUCAUUUGUUCCCAUGAAAUCAAGAAAAAGGAACAAGAGUUGAAUAUGUUAUGUAGAAACAUAGUAAGGCACAGGGGUUCUCCAGCUAGAGGAGAAGAUCACAUGCAUACGGCAGAUAGAGACUAGGCAUUCCUCAGAUUUCUUAACUGAACAGCGUUGUCAAGCCUGACAUUUUGUAGCCAGAUAAACCAGUUUCUGCUAACAGUCUUAUACGAUCGACGUUGUACCACACUCAGCCCGCCAUUGGGUGCCUGCAUCUCUAUAGCCAGAGCUCGAGGUGCGGUUUUCACUUGAAAUCCUACUAAUCAUGAUUGUUGAUCCUUGUGUAUUCUUUUCCUGUGAUCGACUGAAGGGUUCAGGGCUGUUGCCUGCCUUCUUCCUCUUGAACAAGGAAAUGGAGUUCAGGGCUGUUGCCUGCUUUCUUCCUCUUGAACAAGGAAAUGGAAGAUAGGUUUUAUGCCAUCGAUUGCUUACUUCCAAUGACUAAGAGUUUUAUCUUUUGGUUUCAUUUUGUGCUGAUCCCAGAAAGCUGUCCUGGAUUGUCUAUAUGAUGACUUUGUACUAUGUACAUUAAUUGAUCAAAGAUGAGGUUUUCCUUUCCC